UUCACAUCUCCAACUUACAUCACUCAAGCGAAAAUAAGCUUUUCUUGACUUUCUUCAACUUUCUAUCUCAAAAUGUUCGGCAACGGUCUCUUCAACUGGUUCUCUUCCUCUAAGCAGGAGUCUGCCCCCGCUACCUGGGACGCCACUACUGCUACUGUGCAGAACCAGCAGCCUACCAGCCCUGAUGCUCCUUCCACUGAGUGCGUUGUCUCUGAGCAGCCUAACUCCCAAGAGAACAUGAUGAAGCUGCGUGGUGGUGGUGCCGGUGAUAUCUGCUGUGGCGUUUGCGCUGGUCUUCUCUGCUUCGAGUGCUGCGAGGACUGCUGCUAA